AUGGGCGGAAUUGCUGAUCAACUGGCCUAUGUGCCGCAGCCCGUCCAGCUUUUGCUUGCUGGCAUUGGCGCCCUCUUUCUUACCUCCAAGGCCCUGAGCUACGUCAAGUUCCUCCUCGGUGUCUUCUUGCUUAGCGGUACCAGCCUUCGCAAGUAUGGCAAGCCUGGCACUUGGGCUGUUGUGACCGGUGCAUCCGACGGUCUCGGCAAGGAGUUCGCCUACCAGCUCGCCAGCAAGGGCUUCAACCUCGUCCUUGUUUCCCGAACCCAGUCGAAGCUCGAAACCCUCGCGCACGAGCUCGAAGCCAAGUUCGAAGGCAAGAUCCAGGUCAAGAUCCUCGCCAUGGACUUCUCUCGCGACGACAACACCGACUACGACAGGCUCGCUCAGCUCGUCAACGGCCUCGAUGUCGGCGUCCUCAUCAACAAUGUCGGCCAGAGCCACAGCAUCCCCGUCCCCUUCCUCGAGACCGCACGCAGCGAGCUCCAGAACAUUGUCGCCAUCAACUGCCUCGGCACCUUGAAGACCACCCAGGUCGUCGCCCCCAUCAUGCAGCAGCGCAAGCGCGGUCUCAUCCUCACCAUGGGCUCCUUUGCCGGCUGGAUGCCCACCCCGUACUUGGCUACCUACUCCGGCAGCAAGGCCUUCCUGCAGCACUGGAGCAGCUCUCUCGCGGCUGAGUUGAAGCCCCAGGGAAUUGAUGUCGAGCUUGUCCUCAGCUACCUCAUCACCACCGCCAUGAGCAAGGUCCGUCGCUCGAGCGCCAUGAUCCCGACACCUAAGAACUUUGUCCGUGCCACUCUCAGCAAGAUUGGCUCUGGCAGCUACCAGAACUUUGCCUACACCUACACUCCUUGGUGGACGCACGCUCUCAUGCUGUGGGCUGUGGAGAGCACGAUUGGUGCCGCUCACUACCUGGCUAUCUGGUUCAACCUCAAGAUGCACGUCGACAUCCGCAACCGUGCUCUCAGGAAGGCGGCCCGCGAAGCCAAGAAGCAGUAA